AUGGUGGUGAACUGGAAGAACCAUGAGAGCACCGACCGUCUCAUUGCAUCUAUACUUGCAGCCCACCCAGAUCUCAAGGUAUCCCUCGUCCUCCUCCUAAUACGACUCCACUGCACCCCAAGUACUAACUUCCAAAAACAGCUUGACUACCACGCCAUGGCACUCGUUUUCGGACAAGGAGCGACAUACGACUCGAUUGAGGGGCGAUUCCGCCGCUAUCGCAAGAUAGCAGACGAGCUGAGAGACGAAGCCCACAGCCGUGGCAUCACCGAUAUCCCCCGCUAUGCAGGGCGCAACCAUGCGUCUGGUGGAAGCUCCGCCUCCACCCCUAGAACUCCUCGAGGCCCACGAGGCGGCAUCACCAAGAGCACCCCGUCAUCCAGCAGGAGCAGGAAUUAUCGCCACACCCAGACCCCAACCAAGCGGAAGACCAAGCCUGGUAGGUCUGUCAUGGAUGCUAUCUAUGUUGACGAUGCCGACACAGAGGGAGAGUCGAAGAUUAAACCUGAAAUUCCUGGUGAUCCUUCUGACAGCGGGGACGACGAUGUCAAAGUUGUUGACUCUCCUAGCAUGAAGGUUAAAAAGGAAAUAGUUGAGCACAAUAUGGCUGGUAUCUUUUCUCCCAUAAUUCCCAAAAAGGAGGAAGAAACUAGUGUCUUUGGGUCCAAAGCUGUGUCGACUCGUGCACGUGGUAUUCAGGGUCAUGACAAUGGAGCCUGUUACCCUGCUGGGAUGGAUGAGGAUCCAUCAUAUAUGGUUGAUAGUUACUUCGAAGGUGGCAGCAUGGACGAUAUUUACCGCGGAGCAGUUUAG